AUGAAGCGCUCAUUCGAAGACUCCACUGGUUCGGCCGCCUCUUCGGCCCAAAGUUCCCCGCCCGCCGGGGACGCAUCCCCAAACUUCCCCAGGAAACGGAGAUCAACGUCGCCAGGACUUCCUCCACAACUGGCCCCUCCUCCACCACCACCACCACCUUCAGCUCAGAACUGUCACAGCGCCGUUGCGUCGCUAUUCGCCGAUGCCUCCGGACGCAUAACGAGGAUGCCAACCAUCUCGAGGAAGGUCCGAGCAUGUGCCGCGUGUAAGAAGCAGAAGAUACGAUGCGACUUUGAGGAUGGAGAGCAGACCUGUGUGCGGUGCAAGAAGAUGAAGCUAGAGUGUGUGGUAAAUCGCAGUCUCCAGACGAUCCUGGACGAAGAUAUAGAAUGGAAGCACAAGAUGCGGGAAGACACCGUGCAGCUGCAGCGUGCUGUGGAGGACGUCCUUGCGUCGUUGAACAUGCGGCAGCUGGCUUCGUACUGCCCCACUACGCCACCGACAUCACGGCCAUCCUCGGAACCUCCAAACUCAAAGGGCCAACCCCCCCAACCGCUGCAGAUCCAUCAACGCGGCACUUCGGCAUCCCAUUCGACCGUUCGGUUCCAGGAACCGCCCAGCUGCAAUUCUUUGAAGCUGGAGGAUGACCAGCAAUCGCACCGAGGCGGGCUGCCUAUGGCCAGGGAACAUUCUCAAGCUCUGGAUGAGAGCGACGGUCAGUCCCUAUUUUCGAACCCGAUGGGCUCGCUGUACGAGGUCACCCGAUUGCGCGGCUUGCGCGGCAGCGCCGGCACUCGAUUCGGCGCGCAGUCAGACGAUAUGGACGUCGACUUCAUAUCCAGGGGCCUACUUUCCGAGACGGACGCACAGGAGCUAUUCAGAGUGUUCCGUGAUAAUCUGAACCAAUACCUAUACAACAUAGCGCUCGUCCACGACGAUCUCGAAUCCGCUCGAGCUUCAUCGUCACUCCUGACAGCCGCCAUAUUCACCGUUACCGCCCUGCACGUGCCGCAGCACCAUCAUCUAUUCCCACUACUGUACCAGGAGUUCCUCGCCAGCGUUUCGACGUGUAUGUUCAACCGAUACCACCGGCUGGACGACGUCCGUGGACUCUGCAUCGGCGCCUUCUGGUUGAUGGAGGUCUCAUGGAAACUGUCGGGCCAUGCUGUAAGGAUCGCUACGGAGAUGAACAUACACCAGGCCUUCGGAAAAGCUGUUUCAGGGUCUAGCCAACACUUUGAGCAGGCACGAUUAUGGUAUCUGCUGUAUGUUUGUGAUCACCAUUUCUCGAUCGUCUACGGCCGACCACCUGUUAUCCACGACCAUGAGCCCAUGCGAAAAUGGGAGCUGUAUCUACAAACUCACCUGGCUACUGGCGAAGAUGACCUCGUUCUAUCGCAGGUCACGCUAUUCACUGUUCUAACGCGGAUCUUCCACUUUUACGAAGACGAAUCGGAGAAUGAGAUCUCAGAAGAAAGACUUUCCCACCUACCAGUCUUCAAUGGACAGCUUGAGAACUGGAGGAACACCUGGCGAUCAAGGCUUCCGGACCCCGUGGGGCACAACCCCGAAACGAUCAACUUUGUCGGUGAUUUCCCUGGCAAAGGAGUCGAACUGCACUACCACUUCGCCAAAUUACAGCUCAACUCCCUCGCUCUGCGCGGCGCAUCUCCAAGCACCGUCCAGCACCUUUCACAGAACCGUAAAGACCAUGCCAAUAUUGCGAUUUCCUCCGCCAUAUCAGUGUUAUCCAUCAUCUUGGAAGAGCCGUCGAUCCACCAGUCCCUCGUCGGUGUACCACUGUACAUCAACACCAUGGUCGCUUUCGCCGCCGUUUUCCUCCUGAAGGUCACCGCAAAGUGGAAAUCCGUCAGCUUCAACAUCUCCACCAACCAGGUCUGGUCCUUGGUUGAACGCGUCAUCGACCUGUUGAACUCGAAAUCCCGGGUGGCGAGUGAGUUUCAUAUCAUCCCACAUGUGGCAUUGGGCCUCGAGAAGAUGUUGCACAAGUGCGUCGAGUUCGCCAACUCGAACAGCCCGGUGGACGAUUCGAGGCUGUGGGACGCAACUGCGCAACACGGCGGAAGUAUGAUGCCCGAACCGCAGCAUCAGGAGCACCACACAACCAACGAAGUGUCAUCAUAUGUUGUCGGAAACGGCCAGCAACAACAGCAGCAGCAGCAGCAUUGGCAAUCAUACCAACAGCAGCAGCAACAGCAACAGCAACAGCAGCAACAGCAGCAACAGCAACAGCAGCACGUACCAUCCGGCACCCAGAUGACUGGAGUGAUCUACCCCCAGCCCUCCGAGAACAUCCACAACGGACAACCGGGACAGGUGUACGAAGUCAAUGGCCAGCAGUACUUCGGCAUGGGCGUCUUCGAUUUUUUGUCGCCACAACUGCCCUAUUGA